AACUGUCGGAUAAGCAGCAGGUAGCUAAGCCGUGUUCGUAUCGCGCGAGGAGGACAACCGAAGGAGGAAUCGCACAACAGCCGUUACAAACUGCACGCGCAAAGUUUUAUUAUACCCAAAAUCACCCUUCGCGCUCACGUUUUUUACACAACGAAUGAUGGCAUGGCGGCACAGGCGCAUGGUUGGAUACCGGAUAUUCCUCGUUAUUACUAUACCAGCUAUGUAUAUUUUUUGCGUCAGUUUGACGGGACUGUUUUCUGACAGUUCAACGAAUAUCGGCCGCACGGCGAACUGGCAGGGACGCAAAUUGCUGCAGGCGAGCGAGCUCGAAGCGCAAGGGAACGAGAGUUACAACUGCACGCCGCCAGCGAUCAACGAAUUCCCGCCCGACGGACUUACGCGGCAGCAAAGACAGGCAGGAUUUAUAAUAAUCCACUUCGUCAUUGCCAUUUAUCUGUUUUUAUUACUUGCCAUUGUCUGCGACGACUUUUUCGUACCCUCUAUUAAGAAAAUUUGCGACAAACUUAACGUCACCGAGGAUGUGGCCGGCGCGACCGUGAUGGCAGCCGCGAGUUCCAGUCCGGAAUUGUUCAUCAACGCCAUUGGUACCUUCGUAACGGAAGGUGAUUUGGGAGUCGGUACCAUCGUCGGUUCUGCGGUAUUCAACAUAUUGGCUGUGCCGGCGUGCUGUGCGCUCUUCGCGAACGAGGUAUUAAAUUUAGAAUGGUGGCCGGUGUCGCGAGAUGCGCUAGCGUAUGCCUUCACGGUUCUUCUUCUGAUCCUGACUCUGCGGGACGGACGUAUCGAGUGGUACGAGGCGCUCAUCCUCGUCACUUGUUACAUUUUGUACAUAUCAGCAAUGUGCUUCAAUCGCCGUAUCAACAAUUUCUUAAAACGAAUAACGACUAAAAGACAAAAAUACCAAAAUUUGCGUGAAGACAGCCCCCUCCUUCCGAAUAACUUCAGCAAAGAUACGGAGAUAUGUGGGAUUAGCACAUAUUCGAGUGAGCAGGACGAAUCACUCGAAAUCGUGAAUAUGACGUCCUGGCCGAACUCGAUGUGCGAAAAGAUGUGGUGGGUCUUCACUUGGCCCAUUAGCUUGGUAUUGCUCAUUACUAUUCCCGAUUGUAGAAGGAAAAAAUUACGAUCUUGGUAUCCCCUUACGUUCCUCAUGUGUGUAAUAUGGAUCGCGACUUCUUCUUAUAUUAUCGGAUGGGUCAUCACGAUUAUCGGCGACACUUUCAAUAUUCCUGAUUCUAUUAUGGGCUUGACGUUUCUCGCGGCUGGAAUGAGUGUACCUGAAGCAGUGUCGAGCGUUAUCGUUGCAAAUCAAGGUCACGGCGCUAUGGGGAUAAGUAAUUCAAUAGGAUCUAAUGUAUUUGAUGUAUUGCUGUGUCUCGGAUUGCCAUGGUUCAUAAAAGCCACAUUAUUACCGAAAAUACCUGGAGAACAUUAUGUUCAGAUCAAUUCUCAGGGAUUAGUGUACAGCUCGAUAUCUCUCUUCUCCACAUUAAUCAUCUUGUACGGAGCUUUACUUAUUAAUAAAUUCAAAUUAAGUCGAACAGUUGGAAUUGUCUGUCUUGCCAUGUACAUCGUAUUUUUGAUAUUUGCAUCUGUUGUAGAGCUCAAUACAUUCUUUGUUGUUAAUUUACCAGUAUGCAUCGACUAGUAACACUAUCGAUUUUGUUAAGAUAUUUAUAUCUGUUGUUGAUACCUGUGUAAAUUUAUAUGUUACAGUGAGCAAUUUUGCAUUUGAAAUGUUUUUAUACGAUUUUUGGUUUGUGGUAAACCAAAAGUAUCUGAUGCAUAUAUAUAUAUAUAUAUAUAUAAUUAUAUAUUUGAUAUAUUUAAAAAUAUAUUAUUUAAGA